UAUAAUCCGAAGAUCGCAGACCCCAACUAUAAUCCGCAGACCCCCUAUACUAUAUUCGGCAGACCCAACUAUAAUCCGCAGACAUCCUAUACUCCGCAGACCCCCCUAUACUCCGCAGACCCCCUAUACUAUAUUCGGCAGACCCCAACUAUAUUCGGCAGACCCCCUAUACUAUAUUCGGCAGACCCCAACUAUAUUCGGCAGACCCCCAUACUAUAUUCGGCAGACCCCAACUAUAUUCGGCAGACCCCCUAUACUAUAUUCGGCAGACCCAACUAUAAUCCGCAGACCCCCUAUACUAUAUUCGGCAGACCCAACUAUAAUCCGCAGACCCCCUAUACUAUAUUCGGCAGACCCAACUAUAAUCCGCAGACCCCCUAUACUAUAUUCGGCAGACCCCAACUAUAUUCGGCAGACCCCCUAUACUAUAUUCGGCAGACCCCAACUAUAUUCGGCAGACCCCCUAUACUAUAUUCGGCAGACCCAACUAUAAUCCGCAGACCCCCUAUACUAUAUUCGGCAGACCCCAACCCCCCCUACCCCCCCUUCAUUUUUUCAGAUCUUCACACUUUCAGAAUUUCUUUCUUAUUUACAACAUUAGGUGCCUGA